UAUCGAAAAAAUUAAUUUAAGGUUAAAGCUGUGGUUAAAGUUAAACUGAUUUCUUCAAAUUUCUUCACACUUCUCACGGUUACAAGAAAAAUGUAUAAUAAUGUUUAAGUAUGUCUACCAAAAAACAAAUAAAUGUCACAAUUCAAUCUUGUAGUUUUCAGUUACUAUCUACUUCAGUACAGGAACUUUAAAAUUAUAACGAAAUGGCAAAUAUAUCUUUGAAAGAUCAUGCUAGUGAAAUGUUUGGCCCCCUCACCUUUCAGUACAGCCACACUUUGGAAAGUGCAAAAACAAGAUGUUUGCUAUGUGAAGAAGUUUUCGACCUGGGCUUAUCGGUAAGAUCAUUUUUGAAACAUAUUUUUGAGGCCCACAAUAUAGUUAUCGAUGACGUACAGAACAUUGAAAAACUGCCCGAAUAUAUUUCUUACUGGAGAGAUAGAUUUCGUACGACACCAUUAGAAGCGAUAAUCCCUUCACUUAACAUGGACUGUACCGGUUACAAAUACUUCCUGUUAUCUGCUUUGUUAAAGGAAGACAAAAAAUUACGACAUAAGCUUAAACUAGAGCAUGUGUUGAAUGUGCAGGAAUUUGAAAGGAACGAUAAACAUUUCAUAAAACCAUGCCUAUUUUGUCGAUUGGAAUUUGAAGGAACGAGGCAUGGUUAUUUGGAACAUAUAUCAAUGGUACAUAAUAUUCUUUUGGGCAACCCACAGAACUUGGUUUAUAUAGAAGAAUUAGUGGAAAAACUUGAUAAGCAAAUGAAGGACUUGAAGUGCAUUUACUGCGAAAAGACAUUCCCUGACCGAACCAUCUUGAAAGAGCACAUGCGGAAGAAAUUGCACAAGCGAAUAAAUCCUAGUACUACGGAUUAUGACAAGUAUUAUAUUGUCAAUUAUUUGGAACCAGACAAAACUUGGAGAGAUAUCGAGAAAGAAGACGAUAGAUAUGCUGUUCCUGCAGGUGUUGAACCAAAUGCCGACGAAGAAUACUCAGACUGGUGCGAACAAGACGAUUUUAUCACUUGCCUUUUUUGUCAAGUGAAAGACAGGAAUAUAUAUGUGCUUUGUAUACAUAUGGACGGCGAUCACGACUUUGAUUUUUUAGAGCAGACUGAAAAUUUGGAUUUUUAUCAGAAAAUUAAACUCGUAAACUACAUCCGUAAACAGGUGCACAACAAUAAGUGCGUUUUCUGCGAUUUACCCUGUGGGGAUUCUAAGAGUUUGCAAAAACAUUUUUUAGAGGAAAAGCACUGUAGGGUUCCAGACUUGAAGGUUUUCGAUCAACCAGAAUUUUUUUUUCCCACAUACGAGAACGAUGCUUUUCUAUAUUACGUAGAGGAUCUUGAAACAUUUUAAGAGGCCUGUACAAACGAUAUGAAAAUAAAGUGUUUUCAUACA